AUGCGUUCCAACUCAGGAGUUAAAUUUGAGAGCCAGCUCGACGGCACUGGGUUCAAGGAUGAUGGAGAACGAAAGAAAGAGACCAAUAUUGAGAAAGCCGAGAGCGUCAUUGAAGGCGUCACAGAGGAGCAGGAUCAGUUCAAACCUCUUCCUGGAGUGAAGCCCUACGAUGGAAGAAGAAUCUUGACGAUUCCCUUCUUGAGCGGUGAUUUCGGGCCUCAUGAGAACAACAUCAUUCAAGCCGCCGCCCUAGGAUGCAUCGGCAUUGGCUUCAUGUUCAUGAGCGGUGUCCCUGCCAUGUACCAACUACAUCUCCUGGGGCCGACCCCGCAGUCGGACUUUGGAAAAAUGAUUUGCUUCGCCCUUGUUGCAGGAUUCUGGGGACUUGGGUUUACCGUGCCGCUGCGCAACUUAUUCAUCCUCCGCCUUGCACGUCAACUCAGCCUGUACUUCCCGCUUGGAACGGCGUCUGCGAUCACGAUUCAGACGCUGCAUUCGAUCGAAGGCAGCACAGGACAGGCACGACAACACGUCAAGGCCAUCAGCAUGUCCUUCGUCUUCUCGCUGAUUUGGUCUGUGGCUACUUCAUAUGCGCCUGGUAUUUUUUACACCUGGAAUCCCUUGUGGUGGAUUUUCAAAUGGGGAGGACGGUCUGUCAUUUCUGCCAUCAGCUGGGGCUGGUUCUCGUGGUCGUGGUCACCCUCCAUGAUCGGGAUAGGUGCCCUCAUUGACUUGAACGCGGCACUAUCAUAUUUACUGGGAACUGUACUCGCCUGGGGAGUGGUGGGCCCGAUCAUUGUCCACAAAGGCGCUGCCGUUGGCAUACCCUAUGUACCUGACUAUCCCGAGCUUCUCACAUACAACGCUUUCAUUCCGACUCAGUUCAGCACCACCCCCUCCCCACGUUACUGGAUGCUUUGGCCCGCGACAUUCAUGAUGCUUGGCGUCUCUCUCACGACAAUUCUCCUCGAGGCAAAGAACUUUGCACGGAUGGCGAAGUACGGUAUAUUGAAUGUCCAAGCCAAGUUCACUCGGCGAAGAGACGCAAGUGCAGGUUCAGUGAUGGUUCUGAAGAAAGGGGAUAUCGCCGGCGAGAUCCCAGAUCCUGUCGCUCCCGCAUAUCAAGUGCGAUGGUGGGAGUGGUCAUCAUUGACACUUGUCUCCGUCAUCUUUUCCCUUGUGGCUCUCAAAUACGUUUUCGGUAUCCCGCCAGCGCUGAACUUACUCAAUCUUGCUCUCGGCUUCAUGUGGUCUUUUGUCGUCAUUCAGGUUUAUGGCGCCUCGGGUACAACACCCAUCACAACCGUUGCGAAGGGCUCUCAAUUCAUCACAGGUGGCAUCCUGCGCCACGAGAUCCACCAACGAGGCUAUGAAUCAGAUGUGUCAUAA